AUGGUGCCUUGCUCAGAGCCUUACAUGGAGUCGCCGGCAGCCUGCAAGAUCGAGCCGAAGCAGCCUCGCAAGGGCUGCACCUGGUUCUCCAGCGUGUACGGCGACCGCAUGGAGGGCGACAUAAUCGAGUCUCUGGCCGGGAAAUACUGUAAAGACAACAUGGCCAACCCAGUGCUCGUCUCCACGGGGGUCGAACUCGCUGCCAACGGUGAGCUUCCCUUCGACGUUGCCCCUAAGUCGGACCGCAUCCAGUGCUCAAGGCGCUGUUCACGCAGACUUACAAGCAAACGGGAGCUGCAGUACCGCCGUAUCAGCAAGUUUUUGGCAUGUGGGAAGCAUGAUGUUGAGUGUAUCAGCGAGACGUUGGGGUUCCUCUGGAUGUACCUUGGUUCCUCAGGCAUCAAGUCCUCAGGCAUCAACUUCCGCAACCUCACUUCACCAAAGCCUUUGACAGCGACUCUUCACCUCAGCUUGCACCAAAUCUUGCACCAAAUCCUCCCGCAUAUCAGUGGCAUCAGUCGCAAUCCUUCUGGAAAGAGUCACGCAAGUCACCCAACUUCCGCUGCUUGA